UUGAGGUGCAGUGGAAACGAGUUCGGUGAUUCAGGCAUUCAGAGUUUUCCUGUCGGUUGUGUCAUGUUGGGUUUGUAAGGUUGUGCGUACACGCGUUAGUCGCGACGAAGGAUUUAACCCGAGUUAUCGUCUCGCAACGGUCAGUACCCUUCGUUCGAUCUCGACGUUAAACAGAAGUAUCGAAGAAAAAAAAACGUUUAGUGUCUUCGACACCCAGUAAUAUGUCGGAUACACGACGACGUCGGAAAUCCAAUCAGUCGUCCGACGAUCUCUCGGACUCGUAUGAGGAAUUGAACGUGACAAAGGAGACCCAGAGUAGUGAACAAACCGAUGGGCAUCAAGAUUCCGAGUGCGAUAUUUAUGAAAGUGACUCUGAUGCUGAAUCACAAGAUGGAGGGGAGCAACGAGAAAGUGGUGAUGGUCAAGAGGAAGAAAAGCCACAGAAGAAGUUGGACGAUGAUGAGGAUAGACGUAAUCCUCAAUAUAUUCCAAAACGUGGAACAUUUUAUGAGCACGAUGAUCGUACAACGGAUGAAAUAACUGACAAUAACACAGAGGCCCAGACAAAUGUGAAAGAAACUAAGGAGAAAAAGGUAUGGAAGGAUAAAGGAGACAGGUGGGAUCAUGACCGAUACAAUGACGAAGAACAAGCUCCGAAAAAAUCUGAAGAAUUAAUAGCAACAUACGGUUAUGAUAUAAGAAACGAAGAAGGGCCACCCAGGGCCAGAAGGAGAAGAAGAUAUGGUCGUGGGCCUAACAAAUACACAAGGAAUUGGGAAGACGAAGAUGCCUAUGGAAAAACAGGCAUUACUCCUGGUAGAGGAAGUAACAGACGUUUCCAAAAAAAUAAUGAAGAUUUUCCUACUCUUGGUUCUAGUAAAAAUUCUUCAGCUAAAGUGGAAGAACCUGUAAUUUCAUCGGCUUGGUACAGUAGCAAGAAUAAGACACAAAAUAAGGCGCAAAAUUUCCCACCUCUUCAAUCCCCACAGGAUAAUACGAAAUCCAAGCCUGCUGCUGCCUCCAACACGUCCACGAGCGAGAGCAAAGCGCCAAAUGGAUCUACCAAUACAGCAUGGAAAAAAGAUAGCAAGCACUCGGUUCAAAGUGCAAAUGGAAAUAACGGAUCUGGUGGUGACGCGGAGAAAUUAGCUAAUAACAAAGUAUCACCGAGAGAAAAUAACAAGAGAAAUAGCCAAGAGUCUGUGAGCGUGGUCGCGACGAGGACACGCGGUAGAGGUUUCAAGUCCAAUGCCAAUAACAACACGGUCACUAACAGAAUAGUUGAGAAUAAAUCAAAAGGCCGUGGUUCCGGUCCGAUUGCCGUUGAGAAUAGAAGGAACAACACUGCUGCGCAGCUAAACGAUGAGCACCAACUUGUUCACGAUAUGAAACAACUUAAUGUUAACGAUGGUACUCAGUAUCACCAGACCGCAAGACACAACAAAGGCUUCUUCGCGUCCUCCAACCAACACAGGUCAAACACAGUGCCACCUAGGAUGCAACAAACGCACUCGCAACAACAGACCGUACAACAGCAACAAGACGGUUCUGGGAACAGACCUAAGCGAUACUCUAGUCAGCGUCAGCGGACUACUAUCUCGGAGACUUCCGGCCAACAGAAUUAUCCAUCUCAACACGGACAGCAUGGGUACUUUUCACCUCAAGGCUACCCGCAAGGACACUUUGAGCAAUCUUCCGCAGUUGCUCCAGCCACAACAGCUAUGGCGGGACAACCCGUUAUUUCUCUACCGCCCAGCGGACAGCCUGCUGGUUACGCGCCACCGGCCUUUUUAGUACCGCCACCUCAAUUUAUUCCUCCUCAAACCGCACCUCCUAGUAUAAUUAAUUAUGUACCCGGUCCAAAUGGUCCAACAUUCCCGCCGAAUUUUCAAGGUUACCAGGGAUAUAAUCCUUCGGUACAGCCUCAAGGACCACCACCGCCCCAAGAACUGUUUCAACCGCAGGGGUGUACUUAUUAUAGUCCAGCGCAGCAGCAACAGCAGCAACAACAAACAGCUCCUAUGCGACGACCGAAAGCGGCGAUACCUAUUCUUCCGCCGCCUGAUAAUCAGCAGAGCGGCAGAGGAAGAGGUAGGAGCGCUCAGCAAUACCAACAAAGCAAUCAACCCGGUAACAUGCAACAGGCCGAGCAGGAAGCCAAGAGUAAUGCAGUGGCAGGAAGUGACGAGAAAUCUGUGCCAGGACAAUUCGACAGUGUGCAAGUUGAGCAGCCGAGCACGCUGAAAGAUCAGGAAUUCCCGAAUAUUCCUUCGGAUACAGUUAGAACAGUGAAUGUCGACGAAAACGUCGACGAGAAUACUAAUGUCGAUACCCACAUAAUGCUUGAUGCAUCAUCCGUUAAAAAGGAUAACGUGGACGACAGUGUCAGUGUGAAAGAAUUGCUGGAGGCAACUUCCAAUGAAAAAGAUACAGCAAUACUGGCUACCACCACCGCAACCACCACCGCGGAGAAUGAAUUAAGUAACAUUGAGUCCGCGAUCGCCGAAAAUACCAUUGUCGAAAAAGCGGCAGCCUAAGAAGAGUGUAAUUAUUAUAUACACUUCUCGUAUUCAUACAUUGCGCGGUCGUUUCUCCACCGACUUCUCGCAGAUCGCAAACAAUAUGCAAUACUGGACUGCAUUCGCGAUGCGUAGCGGAAUACUGCUCUGAGAAUGCGUCUUGUUCAUUCAUAUAUCCACAUUCGUAUAUUUACUCUGGCAAUUGCUAUGUGCAUGCAAUUGUUUUUGCUAUAGAAGUAUCAGGGACUCGGAAUAAUUAUUAAUCGGAUAUCGCUCUAUUCGCAAUAUACGUUGCAUUCGGCGGGAGUGCGAUAGCACAAUAUUUUACAGUCGAUUAGAAUGGCGAAUCUUAAAAAAAAAAAGACGAUGCUUUCUAUUACAUACCGCGCAUUAAACUAAUUAGGUGUCCGAUAUGCGUGUAUAUUACGACUUGUAACUUUAGGAAUCCUGAUCCGCCACUGCAGCCAUGUUAGCGCGCUAUUUAUUUUAAGAUAAUACGAUUUAUGUAGACUCUGGUUAAACAUUUUAUUUAAUUAAUAUCUUGCACAUGCUCUUCUCACUACAUUUAAUUCGCGGUACUUGCGAGCUUACGUGAGAUAUGUAGUGAAAUGUUUUCUUUUAUACGAGAUUAAAGUUACUCACUACGAAAUCACUCGAGGCUUAUUAUUGAACAAAAGUGGCUGCAAAAUUGGAUCAAUUAUUCUGUCUUUAUGCUCGAAGCAGGAUAUGUGUAGAUUACGUGAUAGAAAUAUACGAAAGAUCAUCGAUUAAUAAUUAUUAAGAAUUUUAUAUAAUCAAUUAUAUAAUUAACAGGAUUUUUUUCAUUUACUUCGGUAUAAUCGGAGAAAAGCUUGCUACGAUAUCACGAGAUACGACUGUGAUAUCGCGAUCCAGUAUGGCUACAGUGACCUAUCGGAAAACCUUAAGAGACUAUUCAUACAAUUGUUUAGAAAGAAAAGAAUAAGUUUUCCGAAAGACCGAUAUCCAAACAAUUCUAUUACGAUACGAGUGAUAAACAAUCUAGAUACCAAUCUUGUAACGCUGAUGUUAUUAUCGCCUUGUAUUGAAUAACUAUGAUUUCUUUUUCAUAAACUAUAGCUGGUCACACUAUUUAGCGGAAACUAUUAUUGUGUACUAAUAAUGUAAUAUACUCGGCAGCUACGUGGCCGCCAUGCGACACACGAUAUAACUCUACAUACUUUUUCAAUGUUACAACUACCCACAGUGCAGAAAUGUUUGUAGUUAUAAUAUAUUAAAACGAAAUACAUUUCAUUGAAUAUAACGUAAAUGUGCAUAUAUCUUUAUACGUGUUUACGAAUAAUUUUCUGUACGCGAUUAGAAUAACGAAAGCAAAAAAUACAUU